CAGGAAGCGGAGCUGGCGCUCUAACCACUGAGCUGUCCUUCCAGCCCCUGAUAAGCACAGUGUGUGUCUUAAUCCCUCACAGCAGGGUGUGUAUCCACCGGUCAGAGGUCAGAGGGGGUCAGAGGGGGUCAGAGGGGAAAAGCAGGAGUCAGAGGAGGUCAGAGGGGGUCAGAGGGGGUCAGCACGGGUCAGAGGGUUAGAGCCCCAUCCCGACCGGAAGAACCCCACCCACCAUGGCCACCCAGAAGGACCCCGCCCACCAUGGCCGCCAGCCUCACCUCAUCCUGCUCGGUGCUCAGGGCGUGGUUCAGACAAACCAGGAAGGCGCCCAACUCAAGAUGGACGGAAUAGACAGCCUGCACCACCCGCGCCAUCUUCUCCCCUCUCACUUCCGCCUGGGGCGAGUCCUGAGUCUCUUGGACAUGCCGCGGAAGGAUCCGUGCCAGAAAUACGCCUGUGAGUUGCAAAAGUGUUUACAAGCCAACAACUACUCGGAAUCGAGGUGCCAGGCCGCCCUCCAGGAACUGCCUCGGUGCUGCGCCCGGUUCCCCAAGGGGGUGUCGCCCGUGUGCGCGGGAUGGGAGAAAGAAGAGGAAGAGAAGUCGGUCAUGGGGUCCGGGUCCGAGUGAAGCGGUGUCCGGACAUUCACUUCCACUUCCGGUUUCCCUCGGGCUUCAUUUCCUAUCCUUCCUUCAAGCCUGGUAGCGGCUGAGGGCAAAUUAAUGUGUGGAGAAUACAUGUGUGUAAUGUACGCAGAAUAAAUGUGUUCAAUGGAGAAGGAUCCGCUAAAAUAAACCUGCUUUACAUUGAGUUCUGGGUCUGUUACUAAAUGAGUUUUAAGAGCCCACAAGAUACAGAGGGUCAUGAGUUGACAAAGCGCACACCACAUGUGUAACAUGUAAAGCGUACACAAUUUAUAAAGAUUUACUUAUAUGAGUACACUGUGUCCCAUGACACACGGUUGUGAGCCACCACGUGGCUGCCAGGAAUUGAACUCUGGACCUUCAGGCGAGCUGCCUGUGCUUUACUGUCCCACCCUCUCAGCGCCUCCUCUGCACAAACACAAGUGCGGCCUGCGCGGACCUCAGGGCAGACUCAGAUUUUAUUUCAGACGAGGGCGGGAUCUGAGGCUUGACCACUCGUGAUGACCACUGCUCGUGAUGACCUUUGAACCUCGAGAAGAACACAGGGGAUCACAACGCAGAUGGUGGACGCGGUUAUCAAUCAACAUGCGAUGCACACAGGGGGAGGGGUUAACACACGGCACGUGCUCGGUGUUAAAGGUCUGUUAUUGGUUCUGUAAUAAGGACGGUAUAUAUAUAUAUAUA